AUGAGGAAGUGUGAGGACCAGGUGUCUCAGCAUGGCAGUAUCAAGAGGGUGCUCCUGAAGGUUUUGCAGACCCUGGAAGACUCUACCAUACUGCCCUCUCACCCCUCCCCUCCAAAAACCGAAAAUAAGCCCAAAUCCACCCGCGGCUAUGAAGCUCUGUACGUGGCCACUCCAGGCUCCCCAUGUCCUUCCAGCCCUUCCUGGCUGCGGGCCAGGGCUGUGGCGCUGAGCGCCCGCACGGCCUCCCCCCUCCUCCCUUCCGCCCUCCGGCCUCCAAAGGGAGCCGGCGAACGGUUGGGCGGGGCGCGGAGCGGAGCCUGGCCACACCUCCCGGGCCGGCUUUUUCUAGGGCUGCUGCGGGCCACUGGGCGCUGGCUGCUCCUGCUCGCCUCUCGGGGUGCGCUCAGCUCCAGCCCUGCUCCAGCCGACUCCAGCCCGACUCCAGCCCGGCUCCGGUCCUGCUCCGGUCCCGCUCCGGUCCCGCUCCGGUCCUGCUCCGGCCCUGCUCCAGCUCUCCUCCGCUACGCCUCUCUUGGAGCUCCGCGCCUUGACCCCCGGCUCGCGGCUUUCGUUCGACUUGGCGGAGCGGCUUCGCAGGAAAAUCCCAGAAACCUUUGCAAAAAGCUUACAAUGAAAUUUAAGAAGUUCUACGAUUUCGGCGCCAUUUUCGAGUGGAGUGAGAGGUUGUUUAGUUUUUCCAGACUCGACGUUGGAAAAGUUUGGCUCGAAGGUGCGGAGGACGUGUACAUUGUGCGUUUUGGGUGUGGGGGCGCACGACAUCUGUAACAUUAAAAGACAAAACGUUCUCAACUGUGAAGAGAGGAAGAGGCGUAUUCUUUGGCUCUUAAAUCAUUUGGCCAAACACGUCGCAGUUCUGAAAGGGGUGGGGCCAUGGCAACUCCAAAGUAUUGAUUCUUUGUCUAUUGUAGCAGUGAAUGACCCUCUCCAGAAGUGACCAGACGCCUCUUUGUGGUCUCCUUUUUGGCGACCAUCGACGUUUUUUUCUCUCCACUAUUCAGUGUCCAUAUAAAAAUGACUUGUAAUAUAGCCAAGACAAGACAGAAUUUGGACUCGGUCCAACUUAAGGAGUGGGGCUAUUAUUAUUAAUGACUUUAUUUAUCAUGACCUUAUGGGUUUAUUAUCAGUGCAUUUGUUAGCACUGGAUCACAAUCUGUUGUGUUAGGAAUUUUGUACUUAGUUUAAUUACAUACUCUGUAUAUUUAAUUAAUUAAUUGAUUGAUUGAUUGAUUAAUAGGACACAGCAUUCAUUGUACUAGUUUUGAGAAUGUUUUGUUUAAACAAAAGGAAAUGAAUGAAUGUAACUUUUGCUCAAGUGUGUCCAUUUUGAAAAUGAAGAGCGGAGCAGUGACGGCCAUUUCAAGACAUGAGUUUCGUGGAAGUGCUUGAGAAGGAGCGAUUCGACAUCAAGUAUUUAAAGUUCUUGAUUUGUGUUUGAUAAGUGACAUUGAUAAAUGUAAAUUAUUGAUGAAUAAGUUUGAGUAACCAGCAAUGUAUGAGAAUAUCUAGGGGUUUAAUCUAUAGAACGUUCUCAUGCUUUGUCUUCAAAAAUAACUAAUGACAAGGUGUUUCCUGGAAGAACGGAGUUGAAGGAGAUGUCUGCUGUCUGCACAAACAAGGCUAUUCCAUGCCUAGAGUACUCAGUCAAACCAACUGGAGCUACCCAGAGGGUUUUCUGAUUAUCAAAAGGUCCUUGCAUUGCUUUCCAAUAAAUGACCCAAAACUGGGGGCAAUAAAUGAGA